AUCAAAGCUUGUUGUUGAGCAUUCCCUUGAGGCCAUACAACACACUUCCCCUUUUCCUUCCUUUCCAUCCCCUUGCCUUUCUCGCCCUUGCUAUCAUGUCAAACACAUCCAACAACCUUUCCAACGAAGAACUUCUAGCUACCAAUGCCGCCCUCAAAGCCCAAGUUGACUACUUGGCAAAACAAGUUGCCGAACUCACCAAGCUCAAGAUGAACAUGGUGAACACCCCGGAGGAAAGCGAUGAAGAAGAAGAGGUUCCUCUCGAGGAUAACUCUAGUAACACCGCUAGAGGAGAGAAUUAUGAACGAGGAAAAGAUGUGCCCGAGGAAAAGAAAGAACUCUACAAGGAUGAUGAAGAUUUCAAGGAGAUGUAUGCCCAAUGCUUAUCUCGGCCCCAUGGAGAUUACCUAAUCAAAGAUGGUAACCUCUUUCGUGGUAAUCAACUGUGCAUCCCGAGGAGCAGCGUUCGUGAAACCCUGAUAGACGAGUCCUACACUGCACGAAGCCAAAUUGCCCAAAAAAAUUUACGGAAUGCUUAAAUUCCAUGGAGCUUAUUCGGCUGCCACGUCCAAAUUCCAAACCAAUGAACCACGAAUGCAAAAAAUAUGUGAUCGGGCUACUUAAGCCAAACCCCAGGUGUUCCUUAUUCAUGUUUUAAUUUUUUGUUUAAUUACUUCUUUUAUUGUUAGUGUUGUGUUUCAAUUUUUGAAUGCUUCGUAUUUGUUAAAAGUAGUACUUUGAAUUUAGGUUAUACUCUCUUCGUCACUAAAAGAUUACCACAAUUUUAAUUUUUUAGUCUAAUUGUGGUACUAUUAAAUAUAACUUAAAAUAAUUAAAUAUUAUAAAAAUUUGAUAUUUUACAACUAUAUUUUAAAAUAAAUUAAAUUUUACAAAAUUUAUUAAAUAUACCUUUUCCAUAAUUCACGGUCAAAGACUGACCCAGUUUGACUAAAAAACUUAAACUGUGGUAAUCUUUUAGGGAUAGAGGGAGUAUUAGAGUUAAAUUACAACAAAUUGUUACAGAGUAUUUGUUUCAUCAAUGAUUUAUUUAUACUGUUGCAAAUUAGAAAUUCUUGAGAUGGACAAAUUUUUUAUUAGACAACUAAAUACUCCCUCCGUCCUAAAAUUAAUUUCCCAUUUUGACUUUUGUAGUCAAAGUUUUUAAACUUUGACUGCAUAUUACGGAAAAAAUAUACUCCCUCCGUCCAUAAAAGAACUUCCCGGUU